AAUUUUUGGUUCUUCUUAUUGCCCAACAUUUUUCUUUCGACUAGUGAAAACCGCAGUUCUGUAGCUACACCCUAGAAUAAGUUAUUAAACAAAUGGCCAUGGUCUUUCUGUUUUGAAACGGAUAAUAGUUAAAAUAAAACGUAUAUCAUUUUUUUUUCUUUUUAGGUACUCGAUUUAUGUCCAAAUGCAUGGAGCGAUUUUAUUUCGAUUUAUGAAAAAUUUUUAUCAGAAUCUAAAAUGUUGGAAAAUUGUUCGUAUUUUAUUUGUGAAUUGGCCAUGUUUCAUGCUAAUCAUGGUAAAAAUAUGCUUGAAGCUUGUCAGAUUCUUAAAUAUUAUUUAGCCGAAUCAUCAAUAUUUCGUACGAUUAUUGAACCCGAUCAUCGUUUAUAUCUAUCAUUAGUUUUAUUAUACACAUACGCAUUUGGCUCAUUUCCUCAUCAGUUUUAUACUCAGUUCGAUAUAAAUCGUUUUUCACAACAGACUACUGGAAAAUGUUUUACACCUGAACCAUUUUUAUGUCCAUGGUAUAUUGUUGAUAUUCAAUUUAGCACUAAUCAGGAUAAUAUAGAUCAAUUAUUCUCUGAAUUAUCUAAACAAUUAGAUAUGUGUCAAUCUUUUUUCCCAUUCUAUAUUAAUCAAGUACAAUGGCUCAAUAUUACACAUCGAUUUAAAGAAUCUCAAUGUUUAAUUGAAAACUUACUUGAAACUAAUCCAUUAUCAUCUGAAUUAUGGAUAGAAUUAAUAGAUAUAUUUACACAAAAUAUAUCGUCAUCAUCAUUCGAAAAUCUUUAUCAAAUUUUGGAACGUGCUAAUGAAACAACCGGUAUUCGAUAUGAAUUUAUUUAUUGUCUAGCGCGAUUAUUAAUCAUGCAGAAUCAAUUAUCGAAUAUUGAAAAAUUAUUAAAUUGUGAAUGGAAUCAAAUAGAAUCUGUACUGAAUGAACGUGAAACAUUAUUCUCAUCAUUGUGUGAUUUUUAUCUUUUAAUUCAAACAGAUACGAUGUCAUCCUCUAAUGAUUUAUAUUCGUUACAUAAAAAGUUGACAUCUUCAACAACUAAUAGUGAUUUAUAUCAAAUAUCUAUUCAUGAUUCAUUUUAUUAUCUAUCAACAAUUUCUACAUAUGAUGAGCAAUGUCGUACACUUACUAAUAUAAUUGAAUAUUUAAAUGAUUUUAAUGAGAAUAAUAAAGUUUAUGUUUUCUAUUCUUUAUGUCAAUAUUUACCAAUUGAUAUUGUACUUGAUGUAACAAUGACUCUUAUAUUUAAUACAAAUAAUGAAAAAUAUCUUUGGAUAUUAAAAAUUUUGUCAAUUGAAUUUUUAAAAUUAAAUUUAUAUAAUGAUAGUGAUAUAUUAUUAUGGACAAGGUUUGAUUAUUUAGCUAAACAAUUUUUAUUUGGACAAUGUGAUGAAAUACAUUUCACGUAUGUAAUAGAAUUAUUUUCUAAGAGAAAAAUCCAUACAGUACGUAAAAACAAUUAUUUAGUAUUCUACGGCGACUAUUAGCUCACGCUAUUUCUUGUACGUCUUCUGGUAACAAGAUUAAGGUUAGUUUACUUUUUCUUGCGUUUUUUUUUGUCUCUUCUCUGUGUACGUGCACUGCAGUGACAAACAAAAGCAAAUAUCUUACUAUUUCGUCGGAAAAUCUUUACGAAAGAGCUUUUAGUUUAUUCUCUUACUACAUAGAAAUAACGUAUAUAAUUUGAUUACUUUAUCAUUCUAGGUAUCUUUUUUUAUUUUAUUUUUAUUUUUUCAUCUAAAAUAGUAACGAGAUAUUUUUAAAAUUGGAAAGUAAAUAUUAUUAUAAAACUAUAUUAGGGAUAUCUAUCUAUUUGAGUACCCCCCGCCCCUCCCGCCUUUGAAAUGUUCCUAUGAUCAACUUUUGUUUACUGCAGUGCCAGUUUAGUUUCUCAUUUUUGUUGAAUAUGUUCUUAUGUUUGAAGAUUGUACAAUUUUGUCGUCUAUAUGAAAAAUAUUUUCCAAAUUCAAAUGUAAUAGAUUGUCAAAUUCGAAAAACAAUCUAUGCUGCUGUUGUUACUUCUAAUUCAAACGGGUAAUAGAAAAAAAAAAUGAAAGGAAAUUUAUAUUUUUAGUCUUUCAUGCUUUUCUAAUCGGAUGUAAUGAGCGGUAAUUACCCAGAAAAAGUUAUUUUGUUUAUCACUUUUUUUUGGUAUCCAAAAAAACAAGCCAAAUAUCAAAAAGACAAAGAUAUUGCCUUUGGGUAUGUGUAUGUUGUGUGAGACAGAUGUGUGUAUGUGUGAAUGCGAAGUGCAAUAUAUCUCAGGAAAGCUUGGUGCUUAAUGGGUUACGCUCCGCAUCCACCUGUUUUUAUUAUGCAUCGUUCACAAAAAUUAUUUUUGUUACUUCUAUUGUUGUCUAUUUAUUUGUUGUUUUUUUUUUUGCUCUAAAAAUGAGAGAGAUUAGAUUGUCAAUAGGUCUUUUCACCGUGUUUUGCUACAAAAUUUUUGAAUAGAUCUUUCUACAGUGCUAUUUUUUUGGUUUUUUUGUUUCUGUUAAAAUAAAGACUAAGUCAUGCAAGCAAAACAAUACCAUCUGCUUGCUUUUGUACUUGUAGAACAACAAAUAUUACUAACAAGAAGUUCGUAAUUACACUUAUUAGUUAAUAUAUACAGAGCACAAAACACUCGAAACUUUUUGAUGUCACUGGUUUUUUAUGCAAAUUCUAGCAUCAAGAAAGAAAUAUCCUGUUGACUUGAAAUAUUCAGGAUAUAGUCUGUGAUGUUUGUAAAUUAUUUACACAAAGUUUCAGUUUUAUGUACGGUACAUUAUGUAAAUGUGGUUAGACGAUAAAAAAAAAUACCUCUUGUAUG